AAUGUUUACAAACGUUCGAGGUAUAUAAGAUGGUAUAAGAUUCUUCGUGACAUUCGACAUCGAGAGUCUUCCUCUAAUUAUACGUCGAAGGAAUUUGUUCGGAGAGCCAUGGCCGUAGGAAAAGUCAUUCGCCUGAUGCUGCUGCUGGUUAUUUCUCUACACAUGAUUCAGCAAAUUUCUGCGUUGGGGCUUAUUGGCAACAUUCUGGGUAACAUGAAACCAAAGGAAUGUGAGCCUCAUUUUCCAAAUAUAGGUUUUAAACCAAUGUUGCAUCUACCUGAAAUAAUUGCGGAAUUGAAGCAUAUACGAAACAUGCUUGAAGGACGCUGCGCUUGUAAUUCCCCUGCCGCAUCUUUAGGACUUAAUACUGGUUCAAAUGGACAGUUAAACGACAAUAAUAAUUUAUCUUCCCUCUUUCAAACAUUGGCAACGAGAAAUGCCGCGCCUGCUGCACCAUUAUAAAGAGUGCUAUUUACAAGUACUACUCAGAUAAAGAUCCUUAUGUUAAGUUUUCUGUCAUCCUUCUUGCUUUUAUGUUGUCUUAUAUAGUAGUUUAAGUCCUCCAAUUUGUAAUAGUCAUUACUAGUUCCAUGUACUUCCUUAAAUCUUCAUGUAAAAGAAACCUUCGAACAAACUGUUCCUACUAGUUCUAUGUAAAGUUCGAGAUUUAAACAAUUAAAUCUAAAUAUUGUAAGAAAGAUUAUCGCUUUUCUUUAUAUAAAUUUCAAUGUAACCUUCAACAGAAAAUUCUAUUGUAACAUUCUUCUAAUACUCAUUAAAAGAGCGCCAAGUUCUGUUGAAACCGUUUCUCUUUGGCA